AUGUCGAAAAAUCCUGAAUUAUUCUAUGACAAUGAGCUUUACGAACUGUUAACUAAGCAAACGGUGUAUUCGGAUGAAGUUUUACAAGAAUUGAACUCGAUUCUUCACAAGCAACCAGAAUUAGCUGCACUGUACCACCCAAUUGACGGUUCUUACCUACACAUUCUCUGUCGAAAGUCGAGCGAACAAGAAAAUGUUGCAUAUCGAAUGGUGUACGCAUUGAGCAAUGCCGGCGCCGAUCCGAACGUUGUCGACGCGAAAGGAAAUACACCGCUACAUGAGGUGCUUAUCCGUGGAUAUUUGGAAACUGGUUUUGAUUUCAUCCAGGCAUUGUUCCGUAUCGGUGUCGAUCAGCGUAUUGUAAAUAAGGAAGGAAAAGUCGCCGAUGCUUAUCUUGAUGACAAUCCACAAUUGAACGCACUCUACGGUGGCUAUGGCGAAGGAAUUUGGAACGCAAUUGAAACAAGCAAUAUCCAAGAAACUGAACGAUUAGUGAAAGGCUUCAUCAAAAUCAAUUGUAAGCAUAAUAGUAGUCAGACAUUAUUGGAUAAAGCUCGUGAGAUCAAUUGUACAGAAAUCAUUCGUAUCCUUGCUGAUUAUCAAGUGACAAUUGAAUUUGUUCAUUCGAUUAUUGCCUGCGAUUGGGAUCGUGCAACGCUGGUUCAUCAAUUCGAAGGCCAAUUUAUAAAAGUGAAUGUUUCCGAUUCCAUUCAUACGUUCACAUGGACUCGUGCAACGAAUCGAACUUAUUCGAAGCCGUUACUCGAGUUUUGCAUUGAUUCGAAAUCCUCCGAACCGUUUGAGUUAAUAUUAAAUUCAACGACAUUAGCAUCAAAAAUCGAUGUUAAUAUCAUGUGUACUGAUGGUUUACCGUUCUUCUUUCAUAUGUUUGAUAAAUGGAUAUCCGACGACAUACACAAACAAAUCCUCACGAAUGCGAAUUUCGGUGUCAAAUCGUGCAAAGGCGAAACAUUUCUUUUCCAUUUGGUUCAUCUAUACGAUCGAAAUGAGAAUCAACAAUUGGUAACUACGUUCGAAGAAAUCCUUCUGAACCAACCGAUUUUGCUAACAGUACGGAAUGAAAGAGGACGAACAGUUGUUGAGGAGAUUGAAUUAACACCAACGUUGUCCUACAAUAAGUUUCGCGUUUUCUAUGAGAUUAUUAAGAACACUUUGAUCAAUCAAAUGAGGAAUAAUCUUUUUAUGGAACGUUGUAUCUUAAACGGCUUUGGGUAUCAUCUAUUACUGUUGUUUAAUGACGACGAUGUACAGUUGCCUAAACCUGUAAAUGAUCUCUUAUGUCCAUUGAAAGUGCGGCAAGGUUUAGUAGCAUCGAUGUAUGAACUCGUUCAAGGAAUAAGCAACGAUAAUUUCGGACAAGUUCAACAUUUGUUAAAAGCACGAGCGAAUAUCCACUUAGCAAAAGAUUGGUCAGGAAGAACUUGUCUGCACUUAGCUGUUCUUCACCGAUGCCGAAGAAUUCUAAGUUUUAUCUGUGAAAAUCAUGUUAGUCUUAUCAAUAUGAAAGAUAAUCUCAAUCGAACGGCACUGCAUUACGCAUGUAUAAUGCACGACGACACGGCAAUCAGUAUUCUGCAACAAGCCAAGGCGAAAAAAACGCGUGAUUGUUUUGAUUUGUUGCCGGAUGAUUAUCAGAAGAAUUUCGACCUAUGCUGUGAGGAAUUCUACGCUCAAGGGUUUCCUAAGAAUGCACUUGAGAAAGAACUACCUGAAAUAAGCGAUUAUUUGAAAAUUGCAUUCUAUUUUCCGUUAAAAAACUCUAUUGAAACCAAUUCGAUCAACGACUUAAUGGCACUUAAUAACACAAUGAAUCAAAUGGGAUUUUACCUCGCAGAUUUCGAUCCAAAUUCGUAUCUAAACGAUUGGAUUCGAGGGCAACGUUAUGUUCCGUUGAUAUUUGUUGCAUUAGAACAUCGCUCGGUCACAGCGAUUCAAUGCUUGAUCGAAUUGGGUUUGCCAUUAACUGGUCGAAUGUAUAUAACAAAGUCAAUUAAUAGUACAAAUUCGCGCUGCGUUUCGUUUCGAUCACGAGCAGAAGAAUUGGAAUGUUUCGAUAUUAUUGGCAUGAUAAAUGAUUUGGAAGAUGAUAACGAAUUGAAGAGUAUUUUCAAACGACAUUUGUCACCGGCAAAUACACCUUAUAGUCAAUCACCAAUCGAUGCAAUGUCACAAGUGAAACGGCAAAAACUACCGCGAGACGAAACGAUGCUAACGAUUAGAUCGAAUCGAACGACGGAUAAUAAUAACAGUUCGAAAUCACAAGCGUGUAUUUUACUGUAA